CCUCCCUUUUCAAAAACACUUCAUCUUUCAUUUUUUUUCACUUCCAACAAAACACUUCCACUUUCUAUUAAAAACUCUAUUUUACCCUUACUUUUUCAUACUCUACCUAUCACAUCAUACUUUUUUUCUAAUCAUCUACCCAUCACAUCAAGAGUAAAAUUGGAAGUCAACUACAAUUUAACACUUCCUUAUUUUUCUACUUUUUCAAAGUAGGAACUCUUUUUGAUAACGAAGGGAGUAUAUUUUUUGGACGGAGAGAGUUAAAUACUCCCUAUGUUCUAAAUAAAUCUAUUUAAAUUAAAUUAAAAUAUUAAAAAUCUUCUCAAAUGCCUUUUGAUACAUCUAUCAAAAAAAUAAAAAGUGUAUAUUUGUGGUUGACUUUCCAUUUUAUCUUUGAUUUGAUGAGUAAAAGUAAGAUAUGAUGAAUAGAUUAUUAGUGAAAAAAUAUGAUGUGAUAGGUAGGAUUAGAAAAAGUUAAGAUAGAAAUGAGUUUUUAAUAAAAUGUGGAAGUGUUUUGGAGAAAAAAAUGAGAGAAAAAAUGUUUUAAAUAACGGAGGGAAUACGAAUUAAAAUAUCACAACCAUCCUCGCUUUAUUUAUUUAUUACACCACACUCAUCUCAUUUAAUAAGAUUAACUUAAUAAACUUGUAUCUUUUUUUAACUUUCUUAAAGAAGUGUGAAAAAUCAAUUUGAGAAUAUCUUUUUUUUUACUCAAAAGAAGCUUAGGUCGUUAGAGUGUUGGGGUGUAUUGUGUAAGCUCUUGUGUUCAAAUUUCACCCUCACUAGUGUAACUUAUAGCUAAAAACCCAAAAAAAAAACUCCCUUCGUCCCUAAUUUGAUUACAAAUUGAGGUUUACGAAGAAAAAUAUUUCACUGGGACAUUGGGACCCGAACGGACCGAUCUGGUAUUGUGGUUCGUUAGGUCUGCCAAAUGCGCCAGGUUCGGUCCUGGCAAUGUAAAAAUGGGUUUCGCUACUGAACCGGACCGAAAUACCUUCCGGUUCACGGUUUGAUAAGCAUAGUUAUAUUGAUGUUUAUUAUGUGCCGCGACACGACAUUAUCACCGGGGGGGACGUACGGGGGAGAGGCAGGUGUUUUCCGGGCACAAGCAGCUACUGGACAGCGGGCUGUGCGACGUCGUGAUCGUUUCGACCCCGAACAUGACGCACCACGAGAUCCUGAUGGACAUUCUCAGCCACCCAAAGCCCCACCACGUUCUGGUGGAGAAGCCGCUGUGCACGACGGUGGAGCAAUGCAAGGAGGUCAUGGAAGCGGCGGGCAGGAGGCAGACGAGGAGUCUGCCCGCGGGACAAGCGCGCGCCGGCGACGUGCUGGUCCGAGUGGGGCUGGAGUAUAGGUACAUGCCGCCGGUUGCAAAGCUGGUGGAGAUUGUGGAGGGCGGAUCUUUGGGGCAGGUCAAGAUGGUGGCAAUCCGCGAGCACCGUUUCCCUUUCCUUGUUAAGGUAAACAAUUGGAACCGGUUUAAUGGCAACACAGGGGGCACACUGGUUGAGAAAUGCUGCCACUUCUUUGAUCUUAUGAGGUUGUUUGCUGGUGCGAAUCCUGUUCGUGUUAUGGCUUCUGGGGCCAUGGAUGUGAACCACAAAGACGAGGUCUAUGAAGACGACAAGGUCCCAGAUAUAAUAGAUAAUGCGUAUGUCAUUGUGGAGUUCGAGAACGGGUCGCGAGGAAUGCUAGACCUUUGCAUGUUUGCGGAAGGGAGCAAAAACGAACAAGAAAUAUCUGUUACGGGCGACGUUGGCAAGGGCGAAGCAUUCAUCCCUGAAAACAUAGUCCGAUGGGGUCUCCGUGAAGAGGGCCGUCUUGGUGUCAAAACCAUAAACACUAAAGACGAUCGAAUAAAGUAUGAGGGGUUGCACCAUGGGUCUAGCUAUAUGGAGCAUCUUCACUUCUUGGCUGCAAUAAGGGGAAGAGGAGGAAGAGCUCCGGCCGCGGGUUUAUACGACGGAAUGAUUUCGGUUGCCAUGGGAGUGGCUGCUCAGCUCUCAAUUGAGAAGGGAAGAUUUGUUCACAUCAAUGAGGUUCUCAAUUGAAUGGUUAUAUAUGGCUAUGGCUAAAAGUCCAUAUCCGUGCCCGUGGAUCAUAAACAAGGAAUGUCUCUGUUUGUCUAGUGUCAUCUAUAUAUAUGUGGAUAGCUGUGAAUAUUGUAUCCAUGAGGAAGGACAAACAUGUGGCUUUAAUGGAUUUAUAGGGAUUAAUUGUUCAAUUCCUUCCUAUGUAUUUGUGUGCUCGGAAUUAGUUCUCUAGAUGUCAUUAUUUAAUCAAGGUAUUAUGAGCAUGUACAUUUCAGUUUUAUAUUUUACGAGUAGUUACUUAAACACUAGAUAUUUUGUGUCUGGAUAUCUGAUUCGGUCAAUAAAUUACCACUACUCCU